AUGGAUGCGCUUUAUCCGUACGGCGUUUCGACAACGCUUCCGCACCAUCUAGAAGAACUCGGUCACGUGUUGGCGCCCCCGGUAACUGUGGCGAAAUUCGACUCUUCCGAAGAAUUGCUUUGGACGGGAACGGAAACGGGCAGUCUGACUCUAUCGCACGCACCUUCGCUCGAACGACACUGUGCGAUUCAAGAUCGGGAAUAUGCGAUAGCAGAUGUAGUUCCAAUCGGUGGUGGCGCGAUAUCAGUGAGCGGUAAUAGCGUAGGAUACCACACGACAGGUGGUGAAACGACGCUCGACGUUGUUACCGGUGAAGGAAGAGAUUCUCCUUAUACUUGUGCGGCGUACGAGCACGGCAGAGGACACGUCGGUGGAAAGUUAUACGUAGGAAAAGCGAGCGCUGGAAUUGUGCAUUUCGAUCCAGUUAGUGGCAUUGUCAUUAAGAACGUGAAAACUGGACAAGGAACGAUGCGCAUGGAGUGGGGCACUCAACGUGGUUUGCUGGCUGCUGGAGGUUUACACGGAGAGUUAUGUUUCCGUGACCCUCGAAAUGGAUUACGAGAGGAAAUGCGCAUUGACGCGCAUCAGGGAGCGGUGUGCUCCUUGACGUGCCAGAACGAUAUUACGGCAACUUGUGGUUUCACCUCGCGGGGCGGUUCUCUCGUGCUCGACCAGUUCGUGAAAGUGUACGAUACGAGAUUUACGGCGAGAGCCAUACACCAUUUGCACUUCCCUGCUGGACCAGUUGCGAUUAAAUUCAAUCCAGCGAGUACGGGUGUUUUGUUCAUGGCGAGUGAGAGUGGUUUUAUACAAGCGAACGACAUAAACAAUUCAGCCGGAUUACCGUAUCAGUUUCAGGUGGAUUUGCAAGGCGCAACUAUGUAUUCUAUGGAUAUCUCAUCCAGUGGACAGUGCGUGAGCUUUGGCGAUACGUCUGGAUGGGUGCACACGUGGUGCACGAAUGAUUCUGCGCUAGUGAACUACAACUCGUACGAAACUGCAGUCCCGGUUGCGGACGCAACCAAUUUUCAUCUCCCGGAUCCCAGCGUUGCCGUCAACCCGUAUGGUCAAGCCAAUAACAGCGGCGGUUUUCUAAGUAUGGUGAACCCAAAUAGCGCGGGAAUGAGUAGUGUGGGUGGUGGUGGUGGUGGUGGUAGUAGUGGCGGUAUACCAUCAAUGGUUGGUGGCUUGAGCACUCGAACGUCAGCGUAUUCUAGUAAUAAUCCCUACCAUAACCGUGGCUUGAAACCGGGAGAGGUUCGGCGAGCCCACUAUUACUUGCUCAAAUCGCGAAUCGCGCCUCCCGCUGAGGCUGGAGAUCUCGAAAGAGAUCGUGCAUCGAAGCAAAACCUUCCUAAACUGUAUCAGCGGGUAGAGUGUAAUCGGAGCUUCAAAGCUGAGCGAAAGUUCGAAUCAUUUGAUUUCAGAUCGUUUAACAAAACGUGCUUACCUGGACUUACGAACGAUUUAGCCAACUGUUACGUGAAUCCAGUCUUACAGAUGUUACAUUUUGUUCCCGAGUUGCGCUCGCGGGUCAUGUCGCACACGUGUGAACGUGAAUUCUGUUUGACGUGCGAGUUAUCAUUUCUGAGUCAUAUGCUGAAUACGUGUCCGUCGGGUUCGGCGUGCCAACCGUUAAAUUUUCUUCGAACGCUUCGGCAAGUACGUGAAGCGGCUGCGCUGGGCUUGAUCGAAGGAAACGGCGGUGAGCUCGAGGCUCGCAGCGAAAAAAGUCCAGCAAAGAGAAUACAAGCAUUUCAGAGAUUUAUUUUGGAGCAGUUACACAAGGAGGAAUCGUCAAACGGUGGUAAGACGUCGAUUUCAACAGCGUUAACGAGCGUGGAAGAGUCUUUCGGCAUUAUUACGCAAGAAAAGUUGCGCUGCGCGCAGUGCGCACGCGAUGAAAAGAAGGAAAUGCGUAAGUUUCAGAUUGAUUUACAAUAUCCAAGCGACCGAUCUAUUCCCCGACCAUCUUUUGUUGACUUACUCGUGAAAUCCAUGUGCAUUAAACAAGAGGUUCGCGCUUGGUGUGAGUCGCACAAAGCGUACACGCGAAUGGCGCAAACUAAAUUCGCAGAGAAACUACCAAACGUCCUGUCCAUUUCUCUUGGCAUGCGCGAUAUGCUGGAUUUGCACUGGUGGGGGGUCAAAUCCGAUGCCGUGCCUGGGUCGGAGGGAUUUUCAGAAAAGUUGCAUGAGCAUUGGCUCCCGCACUUUAUGCAACUCGUCCCAGGAGGCGGCACUUUGAGUGCAAAACAUGGGAGCGAAGCAAAGGAUUUUGAAAACUUCGAAAAUGGAAUCGUGUACGAACUCACUGGAUUGGUUGUUUUUGCACGAAAACCAAACGACAAGCCGCAACAUCAACAACAGCAGCCCCAGCGCGAUAUUUCAAAGUUAGAAGGUCAUUUAGUAUCAUUUAUAAAGGUGAAGCCGCCAUACGUCGAUACGCCUGGAUGUUUUGACGUGGCGUCCCCGGUUGGACUGACGCCGGGUGUCUCUCCGUUGGUAUUCAAAAAGGCAACGAGUACUAAUAAGGAAAAAAAUAAGGAAGAGUCAUCGGCCAAAGCGACAAUUAAAAGCGUGACGCCGUCAUCUUCUAAAUUGCGAUCAAACGCCAUGGAAUUCGGCGCGGAGAAAGCAGAACCGUUCACGCCGAAGAACGCGUCAUCGAAGAUGGGAGGCGGUGGAGGUGGUAGCAGUUCCGGGAGUGGCGCAGAGAAGAGCGAAUGGCUUCUAUUUAAUGAUUUUGUCGUAUCUGAAGUUUCCAAAGAUGAAGUCACGCAGCUUUACGGACAUUUGAAGCUUCCUUGUCUGUGUUUGUAUACCCGAGUCGAUAAGAAACCUUUAAAUUUGCCGGAUUCCCCCAUCACCGAGGCUUUGUACCGAAAAAUUACGCUUGGCGUCGCGAUUCCGAAGUCCGUGCCGUUCAAACCAUUUUUGCUACAAGGAGAUGAUAUGCCUUCGCCUGGUUAUUUGGUCGGUAUCGACGCAGAAUUUGUUCAGCUGGUUCCGGCAAUCAUGGAAAAAUUAGCAGACGGUUCUGAGGUUGAAUCGAUCCCGGCGCGUUUGGGUCUUGCGCGGAUUUCGGUCGUACGUGGACAAGGUUCAGAGAAGUUUACACCAAUUAUCGACGACUACAUACGCGCAGUGGAGCCUGUAAACGACUAUUUGACGCGCUUUUCUGGAUUAGUACCAGGUGAUCUUGAUCCCGCUGUCAGUUCACACUUCAUCACCCAGCUGAAGCACGCGUACUUGAAACUGCGCUAUCUGAUUGAUUGUGGAUGUAUUUUCGUCGGACACGGUUUGAAGCAAGACUUUAAGAUGAUCAAUAUAGUUGUCCCUCCUUCUCAAAUCAUCGAUACCGUGGAAUUGUUUCAUUUUAAGCGCCAACGUAAGCUCGGUUUGAAGUUUUUAUCGAAAUAUCUGUUAAAGGAAGACAUUCAAUCGAAGACGCACGAUUCCAUCGAAGAUGCGAGAACUGCGCUGAAACUAUAUGAGAAAUAUGAAGAGAUGCAAAUGUAUGGCGAUUUCGACGAGCAGCUUUUGGAAAUUUACAGAUUUGGCAAAUUGUUUGGCUUUAAAGAAGUGGACGAGGCCACGACAGCAGCGGCGGAUGAGGCCACCGCAGGUGCUGGGAAGAAGAAUAUGACGACGACGGCUGCGAAAGGUGGUUUUGACGAUACAGCCGCGAACAACGAGCUCGUACACUCCACGUCUAUGUUAUCGUUCGGUGCGAACGAGUUCCUCCCACCUCCUUCUCCACCCCCUCCUCAUCUUUCUUCUCAUAACGUGCAUCAUUCUUCUGCUGCAGCGGUAGCAGCAGCGGCGGCGGCAGCAGCGUUUGCGAAUGCUGCGGCGCAAGCGCAAGCGCAACACCAAGCGCAGCAGCAGCAGAACGUGCUCACAUUUCAGCCCCCACCUCCGCCACAUUCAUUUGCGCCACCUCCACCUCCACCUCCAUCGUUUGCACCACCACCUAUGCCAAACAUGGCACCUCCAGCUGGAGCGAAUCAAAGGUUUGCUGGGCAGCCGCAGCAGCCGCAGCAGCCGCAACAUAACAACAACAUACCACCACCUCCGUCCGGACCGCGUUUUCUUACGUCGCAGCCUCCGGCGAAACCGCCACCACUUCCUCCGAGACGUUUGUAA